UACUUUGGUUAUAUUAUAAAUAAAUUUACCUUACACAACUACUUGGACUACUAAGGAGAGUGAGUGAGAACUAUAUUCCAAAACACUGCAUCUUCAAACUCUCCACCAUGCCCAACUCCAAAAUUUGAAUCCGUGGGCUUCGCCCGGAGAAUCUCCCCGAGAUCUUUGGGCUUUCAUGAGGAGAAACUCACCCACCUCCACUUCUUCUUCCACGACGUCGUUAGUGGGCCAAAGCCCACUAUGCGCAUCAUUGCCGAGCCCGAGGGAAGGGCAAAAGACACCCUUCCCUUCGGGACUACGGUAAUUAUAGAAGACCCACUAACCGCUGGGCCGGAACCGGAGUCAAAGCUGAUAGGAAAGGCCCAAGGGCUAUAUACGUCAAUUUCGCAAGUGGAAAUGGCCCUAAUGAUGGUGAUGACGUUUGCAUUCACGGAAGGAGAAUUCAACGGAAGCACACUCAGCGUUUUGGGGCGUAACAACGUUGAGCUACCCGUUAGAGAGAUGCCAAUCGUUGGUGGAACUGGUGUGUUCCAAUUCGCACGUGGGAUUGCUAGGACCAAUUUCGUUACGGUUGAUUUCUCAAAAGGUGAUGCUAUUGUGGAAUACAAUGUUUAUGUGUACCACUACUUAACCCCUCUUCUUGAUUCAAAUCCUGCUCAUUUUAAAGAGGGCCUUGAAUAUAUGGUAGAUCCUUUAUUGGCCAAGAUCGAACCUACAGUUAACUGAACAAAUGAAAUUACACAAGUGGUUUAGUUUAGGUUAGGGCAAAAUCGUCAUAUUCUCCAGAAAUAAAGAUUAGUGAAUUAUCAAGUCAUUUUUCUGUCUUGUUUUUUAAUGGUAAUCUCUAGUAUGUACUAUAGGCAUGUAUCUUGAAAUAAACCAUGCAUGAUCAAUUGGUGUUUAUAUAUAUUAAUAAGAUGAGAACUUUAUAUUAUCCUAAUCUAAUAUAGUAACUUGGUUCCUUUUGUG